AAGUCCUCUCAAAUAAAUAUGACACCAAAUAAAUGAAACACAGACACAACACAACACAAUACAAUGUUCCAGAUCCUUCCACAACCUUCUUUCUUCUCUCUAUCAUUUAAAUUCACUUCAAUUUCACCCUUUCUCUUCAUUCCAACAUUCUCAAAAAUCAAUUAUCUCUUUAACUUUUUGAUUUCAUGGCUUCAGACUCCGGAUUAUCAGAACUUUCCUCUCUCUUCGUUUCAUUUAUCAGAAACACGAACACAGACAUGUCCAUUCUCUUACCCAGAUCAAGAAUCUUCACCUUAUCAACAAACAACGACGACCCACUUCAACAAUCUCAAAACACCGAAGAUUCGAAUCAUCAAAGAAUCAUCUUGGUGAACCCUUUCACACAGGGUAUGAUUGUAAUAGACGGAGCUUCAAGUCUCGAAGCUCUUUUCCGUGAAAAUUCCACUAAGAUUGGUCAACCACCUGCUUCAAAGGAAUCAAUUGAAGCUAUGAAAAGGGUUGAGAUUGAAGAUGGUGAAGAAGAUUUUGGUGAGUGUGUUGUUUGUUUGGAGGAAUUUGAGGUUGGUGGGGUUGUUAGAGAAAUGCCAUGUAAUCAUAGGUUUCAUGGUGAUUGUAUUGAGAAGUGGUUGGGGAUUCAUGGGUCUUGUCCUGUUUGUAGGUUUGUUAUGCCUGUUGAUGAGAAAGAUGAUGGAAAGAAAAUUGAUGAAGAAGAAGGUGGUGGAGAGAGGAGAAGGGUUGGUAGUGAAGUUUGGAUUAGUUUUUCUUUUAAUAGGAAUAUGGCAAAUCAAGCUCAAAAUCAAAAUCAAAACCAAAAUCAAAAUCAAAAUCAAAAUCAAGCUAGUAAUGGUGGUGAUUCAACUGAUUCUACUUCAAAUUCUAGAGAUGAUGAUGGUGCUGAGGUUGAGAAUUAAU